AUGGGAACCGAUUCACGCUAUCGUCUUAUUUAUCUGGGCGGCGACGGCUCCGGACUCCCUUGGGAGGCCACUCUGGAAGGUAAGACCUUUCUGGCCAAUUCUGCUGCCUCCACCUCCAUCUCCGACUCGGACGGGGCGGAUUGGAGAACGGAUGCUGCAGCUUCCGCCGGCUCCUCGUUGACCGCUCGCCUCAUGAGGACUCAGACCAGUUACGCCGGACCGUCGAGUGAAGAGCACCCCUCCAUUCCUGCCUCCUUUCGACCCCUGACCUCGUCCGCCGCCGACGCUGCCAACACUGCUUAUGCUGACUCUGCAACCGGAACG